AUGAAUAUUGACAACUUCCUGGCUUCGCCAGACCCAGAGUUAUUAUUGAAGGUGAAAAAAAGUGAUGUAUUUGUGAUUGCCAGCAGGUUGGAACUUAAAGCUCGGCAUCCGAAACCCACACCGAGAAGCUCGGCAUCUGAAUCCCACACCGAGAAGCUCGGCAUCCGAAACCCACACCGAGAAGCUCGGCAUCCGAAACCCACACCGAGAAGCUCGGCAUCCGAAACCCACAUCGAGAAGCUCGGCAUCAGAAACCCACACCGAGAAGCUCGGCAUCCGAAACCCACACCGAGAAGCUCGGCAUCUGAAACCCACACCGAGAAGCUCGGCAUCCGAAACCCACACCGAGAAGCUCGGCAUCCGAAACCCACACCGAGAAGCUCGGCUUCAGAAACUCACACCGAGAAGCUCGGCAUCCGAAACCCACACCGAGAAGCUCGGCAUCCGAAACCCACACCGAGAAGCUCGGCAUCUGAAACCCACACCGAGAAGCUCGGCAUCCGAAACCCACACCGAGAAGCUCGGCAUCCGAAACCCACACCGAGAAGCUCGGCAUCCGAAACCCACAUCGAGAAGCUCGGCAUCAGAAACCCACACCGAGAAGCUCGGCAUCCGAAACCCACACCGAGAAGCUCGGCAUCUGAAACCCACACCGAGAAGCUCGGCAUCCGAAACCCACACCGAGAAGCUCGGCAUCCGAAACCCACACCGAGAAGCUCGGCUUCAGAAACUCACACCGAGAAGCUCGGCAUCCGAAACCCACACCGAGAAGCUCGGCAUCAGAAUCCCACAUCGAGAAGCUCGGCAUCUGAAACCCACACCGAGAAGCUCGGCAUCCGAAACCCACACCGAGAAGCUCGGCAUCCGAAACCCACACCGAGAAGCUCGGCAUCAGAAACUCACACCGAGAAGCUCGGCAUCUGA